ACUGCCGGCAGAUCAGAUCGUCGCUCACAUAAGCUCAAAAAAGCCCGCAAGCGUGGGAUGCGCCCACUCGUGCAACUGCACUUCAGCCUGUCUUACACUCCUCCGUCAUCGCCAGAGACAGAACAAAGAAUUAUUUUCGAUCGACCAGCACACCGGCUGAACGAGCGAAUACAUGUAGUAUGUAGUGCAUACUGUCUGCUUGAUGUUUCGCAACACUUGCUGGCUGGCAUACAUGGACAUCAAGCAGAAUACGACCUGCUCGGGUUGUUGGUUAAUCCAGCCGAUUACCUCCCGGUCGUACCUUACCUUACCUGAGUUACGAAGUGCCAAGGUAUUCCUCAACGUGCCUCUGACGGUGCCGGCUUUUCGGAUCCGGAUAUCGUGGGAAGACCCCCCCAACGGGCGCUUAUCAUCACGUACCCCAUGCGCGGUUCCAGCAUCAUCCCAAUCACGUUGUUGGUUUCAAUUUCCGGGACAUGAAGCGCUCAUCGUCGUGUCCUGCCGCAUCUGCUGUUGCAUGGCACCAGCAUGGCACGAACAAGCUGAUCUCAGCUUGCUCACCCACCUAUUCCGUACUGCAGUAUGUGCAAUCCAACAUGGCCAACCAACUUCCCAUUCACCGGCCAAUCCCAUUGGCAAUCAAUAUUGCAACAGCAGUGGCCCCCGAAGCCCCCCUGCUCUCAUCGAGGCGGGUAUUGUGCGCAACGUCGCAUCUUGCCGCCCCCAUUGGCUCAUCCGCACGGGGGCCGACCAAUUGAACGGCCCCUCUCGAACUCGGCGCUUAGCAUCCCUCGUCACCUCCGCUCCUCAUUGGACAUCCCCGUUGUGACGGCGCACCGUCGGUCAACCACGGCACAUGCAGCUCAGCGACCCUUUCAACCCCCAUUGCCCUGAGCUUACCCGGCCACCCGCCCGCCUGGCCCCCCUCUUUGGACAGGUGAAUGGCGAUGAAUGAAUGGAGCAAAUGGGCGGCGGCGAAUGGCUUGACCUGCAGAAGGGAGGGAGAUAUGGCCCUUAAACUGCCACCCUGCCCUCAUCCGACCCAUUGAGAGGCUCGUUCUUCCUUCUUAGUCCUUUUUCUCACUCUUCACUUUCAUUGAAGAUUCGGCCUCCUGUCGAAACGACGAGGACGA